AAUUACAAAAGUGGCAAGGCAACCAAAUAAUGCAGGUUGCACCAAGAAUGUCUUAAUCUAUUGGUUAAGAUUGAGGUGUUGUGAACGAUAAGUCACAAGUUCGAAUUCCCGCUCCCUUUCUUUGUACUUUGUAUAAAGGAAUAUUUAUAUAUAUAUUUACUUACUACUCUUUUCGUUUUAUUUAAUUAUUACACUUUAUUUUGGGGGAAAAAUAAGGAAAUUUUGCAAAAAAGUAGAACUAAAGAUAUUUGGUUAUUCUGGGAAAUGUGGAAGAAGUCUUAAAAUAUUGUAGGAGUGAUAAAAUUAGGGUAGUUGUGAAGAUUUGUGUUGGAUUAUUAAAAUGUGCGGUGUGAUACAUAUAAGUUAGAAAAGUGCAAAAAGUUGAUGUGAUAUGAUAUCAUAUAAGGAAAAAAUUGAAAGUGAAAAAACAGAUGAAAAAGAAAAGCCUAACAAUAAAAAAAAACAGAGGUAGUAUUAUCGUAUUGGCCCUACCCGAAAUGUCAUGUAAGUGAGAAAUCGGUUGUCUAUAAAUAUAAUUUAUGUGCAUUAAGUUUGAGUUGCAUCAUUUCCUUCCAAGUCUCUCUUCCAAAUUCCAGUCUCCCAAUCAUGAAACAUCAUAUCCUGGAUGUUGAUGAUCCUAAUUUUCAUAUCCGAACAAAAUUAAACGAGGCCCUUUCCCACCCAAAAAAAGAAGAUCCCAAUAUACGUCGCGAAAAAAAUGAGAUACUCAAAGAUAUUUGCAAAACAAUUGAUGUAGGUCCAUUAAUUAGCUGCAACAUACACAAUUGCAGUGUGCUUCAUUUGGCAUGUUACUUUCAAAACUUUGACUUAGCAACUGAUCUCCUUAAUAGCAUGGAUGAGUCUACUCUCGCCUUGUUAUGGGAUACAAGAAAUGCUUGGGGAUCCACCGUGCUCCACGACGCCGCCACCUCGAAACACCCGAAAGGACUUGAAUUCGUGAAGCUGUUGUUGCAGAAAGUACCAUACUUGCUACUACAACAUGAUAACAUGGGUGAAUCUGCUGUGUUCCAGGCAAUCCGCUAUGGUAAGAGAAAUGUUUAUUGUUUCCUUGUCGAUGAGAUUAGUAAGUUAUGUGAAACUUAUCCGGCGUAUAACUACCUCCACUACCUUCAAAGAGAGGAUCAUCUUAACGCUCUUCACUUGGCCAUCCUCACAAGACGAUUUGAUAUGGCGCUUGAUAUAGCUAGCAGAUAUCCUGAUCUAUGUGAUAAACCAACUAAGCAACAAACGACUGCCCUUCAAAUGCUAUCAAUCAGUCCAAAAGCGCUCAAAAGUGGAGUUAAAUUAGGAUGUCUAGCGGAAUUUGUCUACAAUAUUGUCUCAACUGGUGAAGAAGAACAAGGCACGCAUGGAGAAGUUGGCGUAAUGAAGAAAGCUGUGGGAAUCAUAGUAAAUAGCAGCUGCUGCGAAUUUCCGAUGAUAGAAAAGGUUAGAGAGAUGAAGAGAGGAAAUGAUGAUGCGUUAAAACUUGCCAGGAUUCUGAUUCAAAGAGAUACAUCUUGGCAGCACACAUACUUGCCCCGUGCUAGUAUAACGCCUAUUACUAAUCCUCAUAACAGCGUGCAACCUCUAAACUCUGUACAAACAUCAAUUGAUAUAUCAGAUGAUCACUGCUGGGGUGAAACUCCAUUGCUUAUGGCAGCUAGGACCGGCUGUAUCGAGGUUGUUAGAUUGAUAUUGGAGAAGUACCCAGAGGCAGUGGACCACUUAAAUGAGAAUCAAGAAAAUGUAUUACAUGUUGCAGUCAAAAAUCGAAACAUGGAAGUUUUUGAUCUUGUUAGAGAAAAAAGACCUUCAACUUCAAGGGGACUAAUAAGAGCUGUAAAUAAACAAGAUAACUCCAUACUCCACUUGGUUAGUUGCAAGCCAGCUGAUUUAGGGGAAUUUGCUGAUGAUAGAGAGAUGAAAAGUCCGGCUGUGCAGUUGUCUGAGGAUUUGGCAUUACUGGAGAAUUUGGAAGACAUAUGUCCAGAAUUCCUACAGAAUCACCGAAAUGAUCAAAAAUUGACAGGUCGAGAAUUGUUUGCCAAGACAAACGCUAAACUUCAUGAGGAAGCCAAGACAUGGCUGAAGAGCACUGCAGAAAAUUGUACAGUGGUAAUAAUUCUGAUGAUUACAGUUGCCUUUGCUGCUGCAUAUACAGUACCAGGUGGUCCAGAUGACAAAACAGGUCUCCCUAUUCUCCUUGGGAAACCUUUAUUCAUACUUUUCACUGUGACGGAUGUUCUUUCACUCGGAUUUGGAUUAACCGCGGUGGUUGUCUUUCUUACCAUACUCACAUCGCCUUAUCGAAUGAAAGAUUUCCGAAGAUCUCUUCCACAAAAGCUGUUGUUGGGUUUUACACUUCUCUUCUUUUCGGUGUCAAUGAUGAUGAUUGCUUUCGCAGCAACUAUUGUUCUCACCAUUAAUGCCAGGCAGAGAUGGACCAAGAUUGCACUCUAUAUAGUUGCUGUGUUCCCUGUCGUAAUAUUCAUGCUAUCCUAUAUCCCUUUCUAUAAGGAACUUAUCACCGUUUUAAGCUAUUGGCUUAAGAAGAUUCAUAGCUCUCUUCCUAGGCUUUCUUGCCGCGCAUCAGAGCAUGCGGAUCGUAUUUCAUCGAAGAGUCACUGACUUUGUUCCUCAAUCGGUUUCAAAAGAUACAUAGUGGAUCCAACUCAACAAUAACAAAUAUCAUUUUAAUUUAUCUAUCUCUAUAAGGUAUAUGUAGCAUUCUUUACAGUUUCUGUAGUGUGGUCUCACAUCAAUUAUUUCGUGAUUCUUUAUAGCAUGCUUCUUGUUGUGAUUUGUCUUU